AUGGGGGGUAUCGGCAAGUCAACCAUUGCCAAAACUAUAUUUUUCAAACAUUCUUCCCAUUAUGACAGUACUUGCUUCUUGGAAAAUGUAAGGGAAAAAUCUCAAAAUGGAAUUGAUGAAUUACGGCGCAAAUUUCUCUCUUGUCUGCUAAAGGAAGAUCUCUUUAUUGAUGCUUCAACCUCUUUUCUUGAGUCUAGGCUUAGUCGUAUGCAAUUUUUCAUUGUUCUUGAUGAUAUCAGCAGUGUGGAGCAAUUGGAAUAUUUGGUUGGAGGACGCUUUUGCUUUGGGAAAGGAAGUAAAAUUCUCAUCACAACCAGAGACAAGCAUGUUCUUAGCAAAGGAGUUGAUGUAAUAUAUGAGGUUAAGAAAUUGAAGUUUGAUCAAUCCCUUAAACUUUUCUGCUUGAAUGCCUUCGACGCUAGCCAGCCUUUGACGGGAUAUGAAAAACGAACUGACAGGGCAGUUUUUUAUGCACAAGGAAUUCCAUUGGCUUUAAAAGUUUUGGGUUUAUAUCUUCAUAGAAGAAGUGAAGCUGAAUGGGAUAGUGCUUUGAGAAAACUUGAGAAGAGUCCUCAUAAAGAUAUCCAAAAGGUGUUAAGGUUGAGUUAUGAUGAACUGGAUGAUGAGGAGAAGAAAAUAUUUCUAGACAUCGUGUGCUUUUUGAAGGGAGAAUCGACAGAAUUUGUAAUCAGUUUAUUAGAUAGCUUUGACUUCUCUGGAGCAAUUGGGAUAAGAACACUUCAUGACAAGGCUCUCAUAAAUGUGCAUUAUGGUAUUGUACAAAUGCAUGAUUUGAUACAUGAAAUGGGGCUGCAAAUAGUUCGUGAAGAUAAUGGUGAACUAGGAAAAUGUAGCCGAUUAUGCGAUUCUGAAGAAAUUUACGAAGUUUUAGCUAACAAUAUGGAUUUUGUGAGCUUACAAGAGAUAGACCUUUGUGGUUCGAAACAACUACUGGAGCUGCCCGAUCUCUCCAAAUGCUUCAAUCUCAAAGUGGUACGACUUGAUGAAUGCGAAAGGUGCUCGAAUCUCAAGGAGUUCUCAGUAUCAUCUGAUGAACUUAGAGAAUUGGAUUUAGCUGACACAGGAAUUGAAAUCUUGCACUCGUCUGUAGCGCGUUCAAGUAAACUGGAAGAGCUCAGGCUUGGGGGCCAAAGAUUUGUGAACCUUCCCGACCAAUUAUCUUGCUUGACAAGUUUGACAGUUCUUUAUCUUGGACACUGUGAAAUUAUUGAUGAUUCGAAGCUACAUAUCUUUUUUGAUGGCAUGUUGUCUUUAAAAGAGGUGAACCUGAAUGAGUGCGGUAACAUAACUGAACUCCCUAAUAAUACUAAGCAUCUUUUAGGAUUGGAAUCACUUGGAAUAUGGAAUUGUAGGAGGCUUCGUUCUUUACCAGAACUACCACCAUCCAUUGCACGCAUAGUUGCCUUUGGUUGCCAGUCAUUGGAAAUUGUGUCAACUUGUAGACCAUCAAGUGGUCGCCCGAUAUUCUUCUUUGUCGAGAAUUGUGUGCAACUGAAUGAACAAUCGUUUCACAAUAUCAUGGAGGCUGCUGCCUAUUCUAUACCUUAUUAUUUAUUGUAUAGAAAUGAGGAUGACUGGUGUGAUUAUAUGAUUGGUGUUCCCGGAAGCAGAGUACCAGAGUGGAUCAAAUACAGGGCAACAAAAAGCUCCUUAACUAUUGAACUCUCUCAAAUUUCAGGCUUAGCGGAUUUCUUCUUCUGCAUUGUUCUUGAUAUUCACUCAGAAAUUAACUGUCCAGUUCGAGGUUUGAUGUGCACAUGCUACUUGGAAGAUUUUGAUGUGACAUAUUCAGUUCUUGGUAAUGUGGAUCUUCAAGAUAGGAAAUCUGAUUAUGUUUUUAUAUGGAAUGGUGAUGAUCACUUCGGAAGUAAAAGCAUAGUGGAUGAAAUCAGAAGAAGAAAUCAACAGUUGUUCACUAACAUAAAGCUUCGCUUUGAAUUCUCUGCUCGAUCUCGUUGGUCUCAUAAGCCAAUGAUCGGCGAAAGCAAGUUAAUGAUCAAAGAAUGCGGGGUGUGGCCAGUAUAUGUCUCAGAAUGUCAGAAAUUUAUUGAGCAAAUGGAAAUAGGGAGGAAAAGGAAGAGGCCUCACGAUGUUGAAGAGCAGCAACCACCGCCUCACUUUAAAAAAAUGGAGUUUGAUGAGGGUACACAUGCCAGCAGUUAG